ACGUAUUUCCUGUGCUUCUGCGAGGACGGCUUCACCGGGAACAGAUGCUCGAGUAACUGGAACGAAUGCUGGAACGAGCCCUGCCUCAACGGAGCCACGUGCACCGACGACAUCGCCAAACCCAAUUGCACCUGUGCACCGGGGUAUUCAGGCGAGUUUUGCGAGGCGGAAAUCGACGAAUGUUACUCAAACCCUUGCCAGAAUGGAGGGACUUGCAUCGAUCAGAUCUCGUUCUACCAGUGCGUCUGUCCGUCCGGAUUCACAGGUGAUCUGUGCGAGACGGACGUGAGUGUGUGCAACAAGACGGAGCACCGGUGUCAGAACGGCGGGGAAUGCGUUGACGGACCCGGCGAUACGUUUUUCUGCAUCUGUGCCCCCGGUUGGACGGGGAUGGAGUGCGACGAGGAAUACGAUCCAUGUGCAUCGCAACCCUGCAUGUACAACGGCGCUUGCCUCAGGAUAGACAAGGAUUUCCUCUGUGCAUGUCCUCCAUUCCGACGCGGGAAGCUGUGCGAGGAGGUGGUGGAGCUGUGCGAUAGCAACCCCUGUGCCAACAAUGCCACUUGCAUCGUGGAACCCCGCACUGACACCUACACCUGUUACUGCGUCCCCGAUUAUCACGGGUCUCAUUGCGAAAAUCAGUACGAUGAGUGUGCCCUCGGCCACAGGUGUUCAAUUUUGUUCAAGACAUAA